GUUGAGCAAAACAAAUCUCGAUUUCCUAAACCAUAAUAAAACGUGAGCCCAAAAAAAUUUCAAAGCGCAGCGUUUAACACUAAUUAAAGUGGAAGCGAAAUGGCGAAAACUAAACGAAAUAUACGAGUAAAGGCCAAGGCUGCUGCAGGAGUGGCCAAGCAAAAGGUUCAGCAAGUGCAGGCGAAACUCAAUAAAGCAAUGCGCCAGGAUACAUUGCUGCACAAGACGCUAUCUCCGAAAAAGACAAUAACAAAAAAAGAAAAAUCUGCAGAAAAACAUACGAAGUUAUUAAAACGCUUCGUGGAAAUAAAGAAGGAGCUGAAAGAAGAGCAGGCACGUAAAAAUCGACAGAAAACUAAGGUCAUAGGUGAUUUAAAACCUCUUCGAGAUGCGUUGCCAUCCCUAGGCGAAAUUUAUAAGUUGGUAAAGACCCAAAGGAACGUAAAGAAAGAUGAGAGCGCACUGGAGGAGGUAGAAUCAUUAAGUGCAAAGAAAAAGAUAAAAAAGAAACGCAAUGAAUAUGUAAGCAAAGUGCAAUCCUUUGAGAAACUAAUAAAGGACAAAAAUUUCAAAAAGAAUCCCCGUGAGAUAAUUGCAAACCACGUGCGCAACAGGUAUCAGACGAUGGAAGAGGAAGAGUCCAUGGAGUAGACAAACAAAUUUUACACAGAAUAAUAUUGCAUUUG